GUUCAUAUGAUGAAAGAUGGCGGCUGAGAGAAAUAAUCGAAACAGCUGAUUGCAAUAGAAGCUUAAGAUGAACAUCUCUCAGCAGAUUUUAGCUUUAGACGCUCGAUACAACGCUUACAGAGUUCAAAGUAAUCCUCAGUAUCGUAAGUAACGAAUUUUGAAACCAACUUUUAUUUAUUUAGCCAGCCUUAGGACGAACCCUUCAAACCAAAAUUUUAAUCCCCAUCUGUUGUUUGUAUACAUAUCUCCAAAAGAAGUAGUGGGGAGAAACUGUGAAACUGUAAAUUCAGUUUAUCUUGUGCGAUCAUAUUCUUGAUUCUCAUGACCAUCCUGUUUUGCAGGGAGAAAUUUGAGACUGAUCACUCUUAGGGCUCAAAGUAAAAUACAGGGGCCGGUUGCUCGAAGCCUGGUUAGCGCUAACCUUUGGUUAAGUGGUAUCAAAAUGUAUAGUUUCCAUAAAUUUAGCAAAAUACGGUACUUAAUGGGACAUUGCAUUGUUUAUCCGCACUCCACCACCCCCCCACCCCCCGCCACCUCUGUCUGUCCGACGGACUAUUAUAACCUACUUAUUCCGUUCAUAUUUUUCACCUUGAAAGACUAUUACACUCUGAUGUUUUUCCAUCGAUUGAUGUAGGAACCUUGUAUAUUAGAAGGAGGAAUCAACUGCUAAGAGAAAAUGCGAAAAAAGAGGUAUUAUUAUUUUAUUAUUUUUAUUCAUUUAUUGUCUAUUUUUAUUCCAGGUGGAUUAUUUUCUCAUCCCUGAUGUUGCCGUCAAUCGGCAAUAACUCUAUAUUUUUAUUUAUUUAUUUAUUUAAUUCAAGAUUUUUUACUAAGGCCUAUAGCUAACUCUGGUCAUUUGAACUAUUUUAGAAAGCAGAUCAUUCUUGUCGUCGUCAGUAUCUUUAUUUACGAAGACAGCUGCUUUCAAAGCGAUAUGGACCAUCUGAGUCAUCGUUAUCACGGUAAGAAAUGUUAUAAAAUUUAAAACCCACCAUGUGUUGGAUUUUUACUUUGGGUAUCUUUUCGGAAAGCAUGGGUCCAGUGUAGCAGCAGAUAAGAACACAGGUGAUUAUGUGCUUUAGUUAGCUAAAAAAGAAAGUAACACACAAUAUAAUUAUUGCUUCAUACCAUUGUUAGAUAGUUGGUACUGUCGACCUUCCUCUUUAGGUGAAAAGAUAAAGUGCUGUCUAGCUAUAGACUCGAUAAGCUAUAAAAUUCAGUGCAGUUAUAGCUGAGGAAAACAGCUGACAUUUCAUGAUGGUAUCACUUUUUUCCCGCAAAAUGAGGUCUGAGAAACGAUUGGAGAAUUCCAUACUGAUGAUGCAUCACUACCUGGAUCUGGGUAAUGGUUGAAGCAAAUUUUCAGCCAAUCAAAGCAAAGGUUACAUAGUGUGGGCAACAACGAUCGAAGGUCAGAACACUUUUGCUCCAUCACUGUGCUUUGCAUAAGUUUCACGUGACAGAUAGCCAACACACGCGUUAUCAGAUUAUGAGUGACAGAAGAUCCAAACACAAGUGAUCAGUCCAUUCAUUCUUAGUGGAAGUAAAGUCCAAAUGAAUGCUGGCUACAUAUAUGCGACAGAUGCAUAAUAACAACCUGGAGAUUAGGAUUGCUGGCUCCUCUGGUCACCUGCAAUGAUAUUUUCUUUAAAUUCAUUUUCAGAAGUCGAAGUGCAAGCACUUAUAGUAAAUUGAGCUCUUUUGAGGUAAGCUUGCAUGAAUGCAAACUUGAAUUAACAAACAUUAAUUAUUAGCUUUUCUUAUAGGUGUGGUAAAACAAAGUAAUUUUUUUUUGUAAACAAUUGUCUCGUGGAGCUAUAAGAGUUGAAAUGUUCUUGACUGAGGCAAUUGCAUGUGCAAGUCAGGAGGGAGAAGUUACGUCUUUCCCCGUCCCCCUUGUAAUGCUGUUACCAGUACAUUAUAAAUGAGGUAGGGAUCAUUGGCCUUGUCAUAUUGGGAACUAUAUACUGACCUGUAAAUGUUUUUUAAGAUUUUGGUAAUUUUCUCAGUCAGUAUCUUUGGCAGGAAUGUGUUGUAACCAUUUUUUGCAAGUACUUGUAGUUUUAGCUGUAUAAUAAACAGAGAAGGUUAUAGCCGGAGAAAACCCUGGGAUAUACUUAAAGGUAUUAAUCUCUUUUUACAGACCAGCUUCGACUCUCUUCACAUUGAUUCACCUGAAGCAGGACAUACCCCAAACAAGCCCACUCAUAGGCGUUACCACAGUGGCGGCUCUUUCAAAUUCCUGCCUCCACAGGAUCGGCCAGAGUCCCCACCAAGAGGUGUAGUACCCACACGCAAAGCUGAGGCCAGCAGGUGAUUACAUAACUUGAGUGCAAAUUAGAAGUACUGUCAGGUUAAACCAUUGCCUUGAAACAUUCACAGACAGAUUAAAAUAAUGAUAACAAACAAGGCAAAGAAGGAUUGAAACUACAUGUAAGUGGUGGCAAAGACAUGUGCAAAUGCAAUAUAACGGGGAAAUCCUGACAGGGACAUGGCAUCCUCCCCAGUAUAUGAAAUGAAGGGUUUUGACAUUCAGACCAGGGACAUACAUUUAUGAUCCCUUAUCCCAAGAAAAGGCAAGGAUAAAAGUUAACAUUUUAGUGCACUUGCAAAGUUUUACUAGUACGAUUUUUUUCCACUAGCAAAAUGGUGAGACCACUAGCAAAUUCUUUCCCUUUGUUUAAGAGACAUAGAUGAUUCUAACUCGCAAACGUUUGCUAGUGGACAUUUUUUUCACUCACAGAUUAUCAAAAUCCCCAAAAUCCCUUGCAUUUUGCGAGUUUGCAAGCAUUAAUUUCGAGCCCUGAAAGGGGCCUCAUGACAGUUACAUUUAGACUGAAGAGAUUCUAAAGCUGUUAUUUCAAGUGUGCUCUUCAUCAGAACAUUUCAAUAUCACCAGAAGAGGGCAACUGAUUGGAAACAGCACAGAAAAUUGAUGUUGUGUAUUAAAAUUACACACCAUUGAGAAUCACCAGACAUGUUUGAAUUGAUGCAGCGUAAGAAAAUUUGUUUAACUGUGGAAACAAGUACAAUGAAACCUCUUAAAAUACUGAGAUUUGUUUGUCACUUUCAAGAGGAGGUUGCUUGUGAGAGUUGUUCCAAACAUAGUGCUUUUACUGAGAACUUUAAGUUGGUCAUCACCUUUGAAAGGUCUUGGGUUAACAGAGAUUUUUGCAAAUUAGCGUUUGACUAUGUUAAAACUAAGUAGAAAAGCAGAGGUUUAUAAAAUACAGUCAUGUAAAGGAUUUUUUUAUUUGGUUACUUUCCACAAGGCGAAUGGCAGGAAACACUAGUUUGGGAGAGAACUAUGCAUUUGCUGGCAUGUAUCACAUCUUUGAUCAACAUGCAAAAAGUGGUAAGGAUCAGUUCAAAUAUUUAACUUUUUAAAUGUGAAGCAAUUUUUUUUUAUAAUCUAAACAACACUGUCAAUAUAGCCUGGAGAUGGUAUUUUUGUACACUAAGGCAUUGAAAGUUCUUUAAAAUAAAUGUAAAUAACUUUCAAUCAUGUUCUGCACAGGAGAGUGUUCUAGACAAAACUGCCUUCAAAAAGGGGUACUGUAACUAGUACUAUGUACAUUAACUUGUCUAUUUCAAAUUACAUGGUACUAACAACAUCCAUUCAUCAGGGAUGUAGGCAGAGAUUAGGUUUCUCAAUGAGGAAAUGUAAAAAAAUUUCAAAAUACCUUCUGUCAUGCUUACUUUUUGAUUUGAUAAUACCUCUCUUAGCACGUACCUGUACAAUAUAUUCCCCAAGGCACUGCUCAGCACCUAAGUUUGUCUCAUACUAGAUGUAGCACCAUGAUGCCCUGUUCACAGGCUUACCUAUGAUGUCUUGCAACAAAGUUCAUUUUAUAUUCGUGUACAGUAGUCUAUGGCUUAUUCUUUGUUGUUUUCUUCCUGCAGUGACAGCUAUUAAAUUUGCGCAUGACGAUAAAUACCUGUUAGCGUGUAGCUCCACUGAUGCCACUCUGUCAGUCUGUGCGCUUGUACCUUCACCUCCAUCCGUGUCUUGUACACUGAGAGGACACACAGCUGCUAUCAUGGGUAACACUGUACCUUACAUAUGUAUAGUAUUGCUUUUUGUUGAUACAACUUCACUCAGUAGAGUACAAAUAACGCUCAAAACGAGUACAAAUAUCUCACGGUAUGUACUCCAGAAGGCCGGUUUGACCAGUUUUCUACAAACAUCACACGUGGCUGAAAAUGCAUCGUUUUCCGAAGAAACUAAAGAGUAGGGGUCAAACUGUAAGCUUAAAAAACCUUUUUUCUAGAGAAAAAUCGCCUAAGCAACAAUGAAAUGUUGGCACAUUAAAAAUAGUCAGAACUUACAAUCAUUAUAAUCUCAAAAUACAACAGAGAAGAUUAAACAGACCUGAACUUGUGUAAUAUAGAGAUGGCGAUGGCGACAAUCCGUGAAACAAACAACGUCAAUGAAAAUUAAUAUAUUCCAUGCCGAGGAUCUGAACAGUCUUCAGUGACUUCUACUUCUUUCAAAAUGUGAUGAAACUCGACAUGGUAGAUUCUAGACGUACUCUUAAGACUUUUGGUCGGUAUUUAUCCCGGUUUCAAGUCGGUUGUUUUCGAGUAGCUCUCUUGUAACUGGCUCCUACAAGUGUGUGAAAGUACGGCAAUUAAUUCAUAAGUCGUUGUUGUUUUUACUUUUGCUCUAGUUGCUUUUCAGUUGCUGUAAAAGUGUUACAUUUUUCUUUGAACAUCAGUAAAUCCUUGGAAGAAAGAACAAUAACUUUUUUCUGUUGCUUUCUUUCUCAUGUAGACUUUGACUGGUCGAUAACAAAUGACUUCAUAUUAUCUGCGUCACUGGACUGUACCGCAAGAGUUUGGGACCCCUCUUCGGGCCAGUGCUUGCGCGUUGUAAACGACAGUCAUUCCUGUGGUGUGACAGCUUGUAGAUUUCAGCCUGUUAACAAUAAUAUGCUUCUCGUAUCCUUUUGCUAAAAAAUGUGGGGUAAAUGUAGAUAACAAUAAAGAUGGACAAAACUUUGAUUUGUGGCGUUUGAUUGUGCCUCAUUGGAACGUUUCUACGUGUAAAAUUAACUAGGAUAACCCAGUGUUGCAGGAUGCGAAUACAACCUCUACGUAAAGAUAAACAUAUAACGCUCCGAGUAGUGCUCUUUUCUUUCAUGGUUAAGAGGGAGAGAAUAAGUGUGCAUUAAUCUUUUGUCUCUUGAGGAGAGCUAGUAACUGGAAAUACCUAUCACUGAGGAAAAUCAGGUACCAUUAACAGUUUUAAGAUAACCACUGGCGUGCAUGUACACUGUACAUAUAUAUCAGGUUGAUGAUAAUGAGAAAUCUUUCUUAACGCUGUAAAUAGACUGGAAACCAAAAGGGUCAUCUGAAUGUUUUUAACAUGUCAACUGGUAAAGGUUUUAAGGUGGGUAAUAUAAUUACCGUGUAUUAACCUGUCACAUCAGGGUUAAAAAUGGUCUCUGCCACGAUUUGUUCUAUUUCAGUUUAAUAAUCCAUCGUUUUUAGUGUGUAUUCCAAAAUUUGAUUUCAGUUAUUUAUUACCAACGAUCACUGAGCCUCGCGAAGACGCGCGCGAAAGUUCCAAGACAGAAUGAAUAUCGAAGCGAUGUAACAUAAGGUAGUAUAAGGUAACUUUUAUGACGUAGUGGAGAAUAGAGAAUUGUAUUGUUUUCGAGCGAACACGUGAUACAGAGCAGAGAAUCCACGAGCCGUGUGCGUGUUUGUGGGUCCCUUACUCAUCCCGUCUUCAACCAAUCGUCGGGUGGAUUCAUUUGCAACAUGUACAUAUAGCUGUCGCAUUUGCAGGCUGGAAUUUUUUUGAUUUUAGGGUUAAAAACAAUAAAAAAUUCCAAAUUAGGGUAAUUCAUGAACUCUCUAAACAAAUUGAACAGCGCAACGGUAUAGGUAAAAUCUUUGCUCUUUGGCACUUAGCGAUAGCUCCAACUAGUCUAUACUUGUCCUAAUUGACUGGAUCUUUCACUGGUUGCGUAUUGGGAUAAGGUCGAGAGGCCAAGCAAAAGACCUUUUUGAUAACGCUUUUUGGCCAGACGUCAGUUUUGAUUUUCAAUAAUCUUCUUCAUGAAAUGUUUUCCUGUUUGCCUUCAAUCUAAUAAUGUGGGUAAGCCCUACAUGGAACUGCAAGUAGAGUUUGACCUUCGGCCCUUUUCGGGUUGGAAAACGUUUCAACCUUUGUGAAAUCAAAGACUGUCUUGGAUUCCGUAUUCCAGGUACUGGAUGGAUCCCGGUUCUUUGUCGGUGGAACUUGGAUUUGGAUUCCAAUCGUUGGUGGGAUUCCGGAUUCCUUGAGCUGUAUUCUGAUUCCAACGUCCAAAAUCCAGAUUCCACAAGCAAAAAUUUCCCGGAUUAUGGAAUUCGGAUUCGCUUACAUGUAGCGAAACGUUACCAACUUGGAAGUAGUAACUUACUGUGGACUUUGACCUAAAAUAGACCACUUCCGAGUUCCAAACACCCUCACUUUCAAAAUGAGGCUAGGUGCACAACCUUUCUUGUGAAAAUGAGUUUUAUUUGCAUGAGAAUGAAGAAUGAUUUCCACAUCAAAGGCUGAGCACCUACCCUUGUUUUGAAACAGAGACCCGGAGGAACUCGGAAAUGACCUAUUGCAGUUCAGAAUUGAGUUCAUCCUAUCUGAUGUUAUUUUCCAUUCUAUGUAGGGUGGCAGUGCAAAAGUAUCUGCGGGGGUAAAGUCGAUGCAUUUUGACUCUUCAGGCGGUCUUGUCUGGGUUGGCGACGAAAAGGUACAUUUUAUGUUACACAGUGUAUUUAGUCUGCUUAAAAAUCAUUUCAGGGUUCCUUUUAUUCAUUUUGUACUGAGAUGGCGUCUGGAUUAUCGAUCUUUUCGCUGUGUUGCUUUCAUAUAAUGUCACAAGUUCCAACUUAUUCAGUUUUGGUAGCCUUCUUUGAUUGAUGUUUAACAACUUUCGUCACCUUUGUGAGUGGAUUUCGGUGAAGGCGCGGAUUCGAUUGAUGACCGUUGUAAGCAAUUCAAAGGGGACAGACGGCAUAUUUUUGUUGCUCGAAGUAUCAAUAAGUCGUAACUGUUCACCAGCUGGAUGCCUAAAAUGUGUGCAAUUCCACAAAUAGUUUUGGCGUCAUUAAAUCAGUACCAAUGGUAAAACAUUUUUGGAGCCACCCAGAAGGUGAGCACAGUUACUGACAAGGCAUAUGAGUAGGAAAGCAGUAUAAAGAAAAUAUUGAAAAUCACAACAAGAUUCCCAAAGAGAUCCCGAAGACAUGCCGAACAUUCGUUACACCAGGUUGCUUAAGGUACUGUUAACUUUCGCGAUUUUGCAGACGCUACUUUGUCCUUAGAUACCAUUUUAAUAACAGUUUAUUUCAAGUGUUACUAUACCUGCUUUUCACUUUUAAAAAUGUGUCUUUAUUUUAGGGUUCCAUUCAUUCAUUCUGUUUUGACGUAGCUUCUGGAAGGCUUCACAAAGCAAAACGGUAAGUAUUCCUCAUCACAGCAGUUUAAUUACCAGUGCCGGCGAAAACCUUUGUCUUGGUGAGUUUCAAAAACUGAUUUUACCGACAGUUAGUUUGAAACUAACCUGUUAAUUUGCCAGCUUUUCUUAAGACCUAAAUGUAGUUAUUGCUUUUGUUGCCGUAACAUCCAACUUUACGUAGAGAGUGUCAGAGUCACGUUUAGGUAAUCGGCAUCUAUCUACAUACUCGAGCGGUGGUCCUUAGAAAAGUUCGAAGGGCCUCUGCUCGCAGGGUACUAUCUACAUCGCAUGUUAUCUCCAGUUGUACUACUUGUCCAAGUUUUCCCUUUGCUUUUAUUUUACUGUAAAAUGCUUCUCAAAAAAAUUAUUAGUUUCACGCUGGUUUUAUCCACAAUAAUUUUUUGCUCAUUUUCUAUUUUGAGAAAUCAGUCUCCACUUUGCGUGAAGUUUACCGUUUGACGUACUUGAAGCGUAACUCUAAAUCUCUAAUUUUCUAGGUCAGCACUAUGCACAAGUAUGAGCCAUGUAAGACUUUUUGCAGCUUUUUUAGCGUUAUGUACUUUAUAUAUAUACAUUCCUUAGGAUGACUAUAGCGGAAGGCAGUCCGGUGACGUCAAUCUCUUAUCGCAGCUGGAUGAAUCGUGAGGCCCGUGAUCCAGUACUACUGGUCAAUGUUGCCAUUAAUCUCCUCUGUCUCUAUGGGUUAGUAAAUGAUAUCCUAGCUUCCUGGGUGUUAGAUAAAUUUAGCCUGCGUAGCUUGCAGUUUCGUUCGAGAGGGGACAAUGAGCUCCACAUUUCUCCUCGCGUCUUCCCCGCUCGCUUGCGCUUCCGUUCCCCCUCCACAACAAAACCGACAGCUAGGCAGGCGAGAAGAAUGUCUUUGUGAUUGCGUAGUAAUGCGGGAGUGAUAGAUAUUUAAACCCUUGGGGUUUAUAUUUUAUAGAGUUUGCCUACUCAGAUAUCGCUUAGGGUUGUUUGCUGAGAAAAUCAAACGUCGUCGUAUUGUGUUGAGAACAACAUUCAAUUUCAGCAUAUUUCACGCAACGUAAAUAACUUAAGCUCCUAAAUGGUUCUUGGAACUGUUUGCCUGUUUUGGUAAGUCUUCAUCACAUUAAAGGAAAUCCAGGUUCCGGAAUCCGGGAAAUUAUUGCUUGUGGAACCCGGAAGCUGGGAAAUGUUUCUUUGUGGAAUCCAGAAUCCUUGGCCGCUUGGAAUCCACAAUACCACUCAAGGAAUCCGGAAUCCCACAAACGAUUACUAUCCCGAAUCCAAUUUCCACUGACGAAGACCGGAAUCCAGUUCCUGGAAUCCAGAAUCUACCGCGUGGAAUCCAGAAUCCAAGACUGUCUUGGAUUCCCUUACAUUGGACGAAAGUCUCUUUCAAGGGUCAAAUAGAACCUGAGCCACUUCCAGGUUGGUCUCUUUAAAGUCACGGCCCCCUGUGUGGGAUUUACAUGUGAACCCUAAAUAAUUUGGGUUUGACGACUGAACCUCCAUAAAUGCAAAUUUUGUGAGUUGUAAUGAAUGAUGUUGCUGUCUGUUUCCAUUGGUAAAUCAAGGUCAAUAAGGCGAUGUCCACACGAAUUCGCACGUUUAAAGCCGACGGAACUACUCCGCUCUUUAGACCGUUAACUAACAUGUCUGUUUACGAUUAUUCUCGUUUAAACUCGUGUGAACAGAGCCCUAGUAACAGAGAAUAAAAUCAUUCGACGUUAGACAUUUUUCCUGGAAUGCUUAUCUUCCGACUUAGGUUUUGUUUAUUGAUUCAAGUACUUAAACAGUACUCCAGAAGGAAAUUUCGAAAGUCUUUCAAGUAUUUGUCACUAAAUGCACAAAAAUAUAUAAUUUGUGCUAAGUUUUGCCGUUUUUAACUCGUGGGUACGCACGAGCGUACCACGAGUUAUUGCAGGGACAGGGAUAUGCAAAUGAGCCACUCGCUCACUCGUAGUAGACGCACUUCGUAAUUAAUCGGGUCCGAACUCGAGAGUGCGAAGAUCUAUCGUUUCCAAAGAAGCACGCGCUCGCCGAAGUUCGGUGGCAUCAAAUUCCUCGCUGAGAGCGUGCAUCGUCCGCUACAGCACGGUUAGAGGAUAGAGGUCUUACCAAGUUUAAGAAAUCGAGAUAAGAAAACAUAAGCUUAUGUCAGUGCGUCCUACUUCGCGGAGGAGUUGUGUCGGCUUUGUAUCGCAUAUGUUCUUUCAUUGCCAUGAAAUGUGUUUACAUUGAUUUUUACUGUCAGUAGCCUUGUUUCAAUUAGCCUUAAUUUCAUCCGAUUGCUUCGAGUCGUUUUUUCAAUUGCUUAAGUAUAGCUCGAUCGUUUGCCGGCGGAAGUUCGAUGAAAAAGGCAUUAAAUUUCAGACUUUUCACCAAAUCAUGCGAUCAUCCUCAAUGGCGUAGUGGCUAUGUGAGGUCGGGUAAACUCGAAGGUACCGGGUUCAAAUUCUGCUAACGACCUUCUUUUUCCCUUCUUCCUUUUUUUUCUUUUUUGUUUUGUUUUGUUUGCUUAUUUGUUUUGCUGUUUUUUUUUUAAAUAUAUACCUAAAUAACUGUUAAUAAAGUGCAAUAAACAGCAAGAAAAGUAUUGUGUUUCCAGAACAAGGAUAGUAUAUUUAUAAUCUGGAUUUCUAUCAUUUCCUAACAUUUACUGUGGGAAAACCAGAGGUGAUAACUAAUUGAUUAUUUUCUAAACCACGCACCCACGAGUUGACGAUAGUCUUUCUUUGAUUUCUUUGGCCGUUUCAGCGUUGUUGACGAUAUGGGUGGUUUAAAACUGAAAAAGUCUUUCUCUAUUGAACACAAGUCUCGUCAAGUAAGAAGCUCAUUCUGUCCCUUGAUGUCGUUCAGGCAGGGCGCAUGUGUCGGUAAGUACUUUAGUUUUAUCUACUUACUUUACGUCAUGUUGUUAACAGUAACUGCCACCGUGCAAGUAACUAAGGCACAGUAAAGAUAUACUAUACUGUACUGUACUGUACUAUACUAUGCUAUACUAUACUAUGCUAUGCUAUGCUAUGCUAUGCUGUGCUGUGCUGUGCUACGCUACGCAACGCCACGGCACACCGCCACACCAUCACACCACCACCACCACCACUUAGCUAGUGAGGCAGUCAGUUAGUCCGUCAAUCAGUCACCUUUUGGGGUUUUAGUAGUUUUUUAAUCGUAGUUUUUUGCGAUUUUUUCCACUGGAAACAAGCCGUAUUCUUGUGUCUUAUCAGUGAGUGCCAGUGAGGACAUGGCGGUGUAUUUCUUUGAUGUUGAGCGCGCGGAGAAGCCGUGUGUCAACAAACUUCUUGGCCACUCGGCACCGGUCCUAGACGUUUGUUGGAAUUAUGACGAGAGUUUGCUGGCGUCCUGUGAUACAGAGGUACGAAGAGUUCAAUCUUUGUAAAUCAAACUUUGAGACUAAAAAAAAAUCUUAACCACAGGUUGAGCUUCGAAAGCCGAGGGAGAGGCGCGAAUGACCGUGGCGUGAAAAGUGAGCGCGAAGUCAGUCGCUCAGCGUUCAGCGCGAGCGACUGAAAGCGUAUCCUUCGCGCAAAAACGUUUUUCCCAUAACCACGAAGGACUUAAAGAAUUUCAAAGGGAAACAAGCACAUUUUGUGUUACGUUUCAAGGGUCAAUUGAUUUAUCGUUUGGUGACCUUAGGCUCGUUUGCAGGCCCUGGUCAUUUAAACCAGUUGCUUUAGCCAGUGGAAAGCGUUUUCAACCUUUUAACUCUUUUUCGAAUGAAAUGUUAUGCGCAUAGCCUCAGUUUCAAAAGUGAGAGGGUUUGGAAUUUUGAAAUAUCUUAUUGUUGGUUUGCGCCUGACGUCAUGGCGGCCAUGCUGGUGGUCUCUCCGCUGGUAACUCACUAAACUCCAUUUUCAUGUUAAUUCUUUUUUUACUGUAUUGACCUUCAAUAUGCAUGGCCACCUGGUCACGUGGUUCCAAACCAAGAAUUUGUCGUGUUUCGAUCACAUGAAACGCUACGACGGCCCUUGCUUAUUUAUCUGAACUGCUUGUGCUCACUUUGCUUUCCUUUUUCCUUUUGUUUGUUUGUUUUUUUUUUUGAAGGAACAGUCAUCGUAUGGAAGCGAGAGCAUCGGAAGAAGCACGUCACCUGAUGCGCUAAUGAGAAUAGUAAUUUGAAUAAAAAUGAGUGUGGCGUUUUUAAAUAGCACAAUAAUUUGUAUUCUUUCUACGCGAGGCGGGGUGCGUAAGUGCGAAACUAACAAGUGUACAGUUUCUAGAAUCUUCUAGUCUCUAGCGCUAUAGACUGACCAUAGCGGACUGACGUAUAAAGAGUAAUUACUGUAAAAACUGAAAUACGAUAUCAAUAAAGAACUAUCAAGGCAAGAUUUUGUUCUGUUUACAGGCCCUUCUUUUGAAUUAAAUACUGUUGAGCUUCUUCGUACUGCCGAGUCACAAACUGUAAGUUAAUACCUCGUAACAUUUAUCAAGAUCUCUUUCCAUUGUCGAGGCCUCUUUGUUUGUAUCACUAGGAGGCUAACCAGAGGCGAAACGAAAGAUGGACAGGGCCUAAACCUGUUGGGUUUUUUAUUUUCUAGUUUCAUCAUCAUGGUCAUCAUCGUGGUUGUUCGAGCUCGCAUGUAGCGUUAUCACGCAAAACAAUUCUUGAUAUCAACAAGUUCGUUGAAAAACCGACCAUAGCAUUUGAUGAAAAACGGGCGACGAAAAUGACGUCCGCAAGUACUCGUAGAGAGGCUUACCUCUUGUCAUCGAUCUGGUAUGUGAUUUGGCAAACCCCUCAUUAAGCACGUUUGCCAUUUAUCUACAGCAACAGCGAACUAAAUCAAAAUACUGUGUUAUUUGAAACAACGAGUACUUUUUCUAAUUGCCGUAACUUUUGUGUUUGUUUUUUAUCCUUGCAACACCCUGAUAAAAAUUGUAUGUUAUGAAAAAGUCAUUGCACAAAUGUCAGUGGGCAAUAUAAUAUUUUGGAAACAACCUGCAUAUUUCAUCUAUUUUCUGCGUCAUUUGAAUUUCAUAACGUUAGCAUUUAACACUGAAUUAUCAACAAAACUGGAAGUCCAGCUUGUCUACCAGUAAUUAAAUUGGGCUUAUUUCAAUAGUGCAAUCUUUGAAAAUUUAAUUAAUUUCACUAUUGUGAAUUAACUUACUUUUUGCCGCUCAAACCUGUAAAAAGAGUGACUUGGUAUUUUCUUUUUGAAAGACAUGAAAAAAAAUAUUAGGCAUUUGUGACAAAGAAAUCAAAAUGGAAACUUUUUUUCACUGUCAACAGGGAAAAGACAAUUGCUUAAAUGCUGAUGGCUUUAUCCCCAUCUAAAUAAUUCAUUUUCCCUGCUGAGGGCCUUUGUUUACUUUUAUCAUUAUUCUGGAAGGCAGCGUCAAAAUAUCACAUUAAGCAUUUUUCUGGUUAUCAUAGAACAUUUGUUUUAAAAAAUAUAACUGUGACUUAAACAAUAAGGGUAAGCUCAAACGAGGGAGACGACGCAAAAAGAAGAAAAUUCUGAAAACAGCAUCGAUAGUUACCGUACAUCAUGCAUACAAUUUGGCGUGAAUUCGUGGGAUAUACAACUGUGCAUGGUUUUCGCCAUGUAUUUGAAAGUUCUUCACGAUUUUUUAGAGUGAUAUGGCUUCUCCUGCUCUUAGGAGCUACCACCACCUACAUAAUUUUGGUGCAGGAAAGUGUGGCCAAAUACUUUUCCAAUCCAGCAACUACUAGCUUCGAGGAGGUUAUACCUAAGCUCGGGGAAGUAAAAUUUCCUGCUGUUACCAUUUGCAACUUGAAUCGAUUUGUUAAAUCGAAAAUCAACAUGUUUGAAAACGAUGAAGACUUCUACAAACUGAGUUUGAAUCUAUCAGCGUGUGAAAACAUAAAAACGGUCAAUAAAGACAUGAGUUGUGGACAAGGAUUACUGUGUGCGUACGAGUUGUUUGGAUCACAAAUUGUUGACAACUGCAACGAGACCAUAAGGCAGCGCAUUAUCAGCGCUUUGAAUGACACAAAGGUACCUAUUUUCAAUCCUGAAGAAUUUUUCGAAGCCUACGGCCAUGAUUUCAGAGAUAUGUUUCUCCAUUAUUGUCGCUUUAAGGGCAAGGAAAACUGCACUGCAGACGAUUUUUACCCAACGCUUUCCAGUAACGGUCGUUGUUUUACAUUUAACUCGGGUAAAAAUCAAACAAGGAUUCGACGUACAAUGAAGACGGGAUCUUCCGGAGGUUUCAGUGUUAUGAUGGAUGUUCAAGCAAAUGAAAACACGAUCAGUGAAUUUUCACGCGGGCUAAGAGUUAUAGUUCAUGACCAAAAUACGUUUAUCAACAUAGACAAAGGAUUCAAUGUCUACCCAGGCUCACACACAUUGGUUGGCUUGACCGUUACAAAGGUAACGUUAAUCUUUGCUGGAAAACAGCCUGUCAGUGAUUAUUUUUUGAAAUUCAAAACUCAGAAAGGCUUUUUCGCAUAAAAAAUAAACAGCAGCCCUAGAAAGCACUUCUUAUCAAACUGAAAAUUCAGGAAAAUCCUUUUACUGAGUAUAAAAUAACAUAAUGACAGUCCUCCUGUUUUACAUUGUAGUUUUUAUCCAUUCACAAAUAGAAUCAACCUAUACUGUCGUACAGAGAAGGACGAGAAGCGCGCGAUGCUUUACAGUUAGUUUUGAGUGACUGAUCAGGAUUUUUUUUCCGCCAUGCAAUUGUCCUUAAAAUGCCCCACUCAGUGUUAGAGUCGUCAGUUAUCAUAUAAAAGCUCAGUGAUCAGUGAUUGCAAGAGAGGAAAUGGGCGUUGUUUUUUUUUCGCAUGGGAAGACUGUUGGCUAUUUUGCUUCAUCGUUUGUAGAUUAAAAAAGUGGUCCUCAUUCUCUAAACGAGGAAUAUUUGCCAAUGCGCCCUAGUGAUGCUCCUUUCAUUAAGCCCGAGCUAAAAGAUCCAACAUUUUAGCCGAACAUAGUGCUAGAAGAGCAUGUUUGACAGUUAAGCCGUCUCUUUUAAUUAACUUUGAAUUAAAUGGGUUUUGCGUGUUUGAUCUAAGUCAAACUAUUUCCUACAACAUCUUGCGUCAUAACAAAGAAAUUAUUUGAUCGUCUGUCUGUUGGCAAGCUCAGGAGGGAAAAGAAACAAAUCAGACACCUUAGCUUCAUGCUUAACAAAAACUACUAAACGACCUAAACGCUUAAAACUCGAAAAUCGAGCGUGCGUUCCGGCUAUUCGGUCACAGCAUUUUUCAGCGUCCUUAAUUGCUGCUUCUAAGUAAGAGGGAGCGUCGCCUUUAGGCUUGCUGGAGGCGGACAACUCAAAAGUACUUUUAAUUAGGGAAGAACAAAGACACCUGCCGCCGAUUUUCAAAUUUUUUAGAACAAAGAUUUAAUUGCUGCCAAAAAACACGAAACCAGAAAAUGCUAAGGGUCCAUUUAUUGGCAUAAAAUCAAGCAAAUCAAAUACGGAAAUUAUUGUAAACGUAGUGACACUCGUGCACCUGAUUAAGGCAAUGUUCGCACUAUAAAAAAUAUAUAGCUUUUGCGCCGGCACGAAAUUCAUACCAGAUAAGGCUGCUGUUCGCACAUAAGAAAGGUGAUUUCGGCGCCUUUUCUGUGAGGGAGCAAUGCUGCGUCGCGCGGAUUUCGCAAGUGCCACACUUUGGUGCAUGUGUAUUAGGACCGUAGCGGAAGUGAACAAGUAGGAAAGAGGGGCGGAACAGGCGGUAAAUAUUCAGGAGGGAGGACUGAGAUUUAGUUCAUCAAACCUGUCGGUCAUCCGUUCCGGCCCUUAGCGUGGCGUGCGAUGUGUGUUAACGACUUGUUCCAGUUCUGUGCCGUUGCUGUCAAACUACUACGAGGGAUAGCUUUUCGUGUCGGCAAGAAAAGUUAUCUGAUAUAAAGUGAGCAUAGCCUAAACUGGUUAGAGAGUUCAUAAGGCAUAAGAUGGUAAAUAUUUAUGAAAGUUGACUGCGCUAUGACGUUCCUAGUUGGAGAUUAGUUGGUAACUUACAGGCUUUCCAAACGAUCCAUCUCUUUCCUACGGUGAAAAUGGAGGAAAUUUCUUUAAGGUCGUUUGACAUCUGUGAUGUAAGAUUAUGGCAUCUUUAUAAAUCUUCAAGGAAACUGUGCAUAAAAGCCUGCACCCCACCCCCCACUGCCCCCCCCCUUCUGCAAAUUUUUGCCUUUGAAAACACGUUGUUAAAUUAUUUUUUGAUGGUCUUUCUUGCUUGACGAAAAUGGGUCUUCUUGUGAGCUCUCUUUCUGGAAAAUUUUUUAUGCAAUUUUUUCAUGCUGCUUUACAUUCAAUCUGUCAACAUUGUGUUUAUAUUUUUGUAGUAUCAACGUCUUCCCUCUCCUUACAAGUCAAACUGCACUCAGCGUGUUCUUCCUCAAAUCUCACGUUACACCAGGGACGGCUGCUUUUACCAGUGCCUUGCAAACACAACGGCAAAAAUAUGUGGAUGCCGAAUGAUCGGGGUACCACGUGAGUACUCAGUGCAGUUUUCAUCCAUUCCUAACCUGCGUAGCAAGCGUUUCCGUGCGUUUUCGGAGCAAACAGCUAGGAGCAAGAGUCAAAGAUCGCGAGAGUAAAAGAGCUGGGAGGGGCGGGGAAGAAAGGAAGGAAACGUUUUUUCCUUCCUUCCCCUCCCCCUCCCCCCUCUUUCUUUUUUUGGCUCUCGUUCCAUUUCUCGUGCGGCCAAAACCGAAAAUCCCGUUACUCGGUCUUCCUUUGAUCCGAAACCAAACGGAGGCUAAACCAUUCCUAGCUGAGCAGAGCUCGCCUUGGGACUUAUUGCGCACGCUAAGGAGGAAGCGUGGCCAUAGUUAUUAAUUAAGUGGAAUGGUUAUGAAACCCGUUGGACUCCUUAAUAUGCUUUUGUUAGCUUUUUGGACCUGACCGUGCACAACGUCCAAUGACAUUCCUAUCAUUGUCAACUUACUGACUAAUGGCAACAUCGCAGUAAUUUAUUCAGUCACAAUUUGUGAACAAAAAACAAAAGACUGUGCACGGUCAGGAAGCUUCCAACAUAAACUACAGCACCAUUGUUUCCAGUUUUGAUGUUUACUGGCUUCUAACUAUGGUAUUGCCGAGCGGUUAACGAGCUGGAACUAAUCCGUAGAUCCUGAGUUCAAUCCCUGUCCUAACCCCUGGCUGGAUUUGUUAUCGGUAUUCCCGAGUUCAACGUCUUCGACCUCUCGGUCACACUUGAAAAUAGCCAACUCAGGUGUGCCUUCAGCAGGUUGGGAUAUUUAACCUUAUGGGUUGCAAUAAAAAAUAAAAACAAAACUAAACAAAAAGAAAAGAAAAGAAAAAAAAAACUAGCUCACUAGUAAUUGUGUUGCCUCAAGAAAGUCAGUCUCCAACAGAAACUCAUGCAGGGUCAUCUUGCUCAGCAUAAAAUUACCUCAGGAAAGUAGUAGGUUUUUGAUCCAUUUGGCUACUUUUUCAGAUGUUCUCCACAGUCAAAGCUAGAAUUAACCUCUUUGUAAAGCUCUAUAGACAUUACCAUAGGAAACGGCAGCUUAGUAGAUUUAGGAUUUCAUUGGCUUUAGAGUGAAUGUUGAAGUGCUUCUUUUAUAAAUACUUCCCUUUUGUGACUUAUAUUUUAGUGACCUUAUUUUGGGCUAAGCAUAGGGCGUAAGAAUCUGUUAGCCAUGGCCACCCCUCCAGCAAUUAAAGGUACGAAGGGGUUUUUAACUCGUAAGUAACUCAAUGGAUUUAAACAUUUUUGUUUUAGGGAAAAAGGGAUUGAAAAUGAUGGUAAAACUAAACUAAUAAAUGUAAACUAAUUGUUGUCGAUUUGUUAAUAUUUGGGGAAAAAAGGAAGGUUGGAAAUGGUUUUAGUCUAAGAACAACUUUUCCUUUCACAGUUCCUUUAGAUCUGCCUGUCUGCACAUUCCAACAGCAGUACUGCGUGGAACAGACUGAAGGUAAAUUUAAGUCUGCCAUUCUAAAUAUGGGACGUGACUAAAAUCAUGUGAUCAUUCGGAUAAACUAUAUUCGGUUUUUCUCUUGGUUUUCCUCAUUCUUGCUUGUCGAUGACUAAUAAGAUGAUAGGAAGUGCGAUUGCGGUAUCAAAGCAAACGGGGAGUAAAGAUUUGUCUAAAUGGAAGGAAACAUUGAAGUAUUUGGUCUGUAAAAGUGAAGUGCGUUGCCUUUUUAUAGAGACAUAUUCAAGAGCCACUGACACACGCACACCAACCCACGGAUCAAACCCACAGCCUCUCCAGUAAAAUUUUGAAAUCUAGAAGCUCGGAAAUGCAAUUUUCAGCAUUCUGGGUAUCAAAAAGAGUGCUGUUUAUAAUAAUUUUUAUUUACCACUGAACGCGACAUUUUUUGAAUAACCUAAUACUGUUUUAGAUUCAUUAAGGUGCACUCUAAAUACUUCUCUCGAUCUCUCGAUGACAGUUAAUAUCCGCUGUAGUGGUGAGUCUUACCUGUAAUCAAUCCAAACAAAUAAUAUCCUUUUUCCUACCGGUUGACAAAGACCGGUUCCUGUCAAAUAAAGUUGUGAACAAAUCUCCUAAAUACACUAAUAUUCAUCUUAGACCUCACAAUAGGACAAUUGCACGAUGACGUCAUUUUUUUUACUUGAACUACCAGAAUCCUUGAGUUUGUUGUUUUCUUGUGCAAAUUAAGGUUAUUGUUCUUUAAUCCUCAGCGGGAUUGACAAAUUUAAAUAACAAAGCAAAACCGAAAUGAAAAACCGCCAAAACCGCCAUCGUGCAAUAGACCAUUUUACAGUUGUGGACUUAGUACCCUAGCCUUCGAGUGAAUGUGAGGCUGAGGUUGACCUUGUUUUGAUACAAACCUUCUUUGCUUUGUUAUGGAAAUUGUUCUUGGAAACUACUAGUUAGCAUGAGAAUAACUUGAUUUACAUAAUAAAGCAUGAAGGUUUGUAUCAAAACAAGGUCACCGUCAACCUCACCUCCACCAUAACUGUAAAAUGGCCUAUAGUCCUAUUACAAUUUGAACAGGUCUCGGUGAGAGGCAUAACAGGCGACGGUACAGACCGCCAGUGACCGGCUUUUAUUGAAACCUCUGUAGACUACGAGUAGUCCCCCAUUGUUCCUCAGAGAUAGUAGAGCGUGCGAAACGCGAGCGCGCGUGAAAAUCACCCGACGCGAGAAAAGGCGACACGCGGCGGGGAGAGAGAAAACUACUCGUAGUCUAAAACCUCUGUAAAAAUCGAUACAGUUUUUUAGAAUUCAACUCCAUAAAAAUUUGCUGCCAUUUGAAGAAUUGAACAAGAUGGAAUAAGCGCGAUAAAGUUUGAACCUGCGCCACUUUACUGUUAAGUGACGUUUUCGUAUCUGUCGCCGUCGUUGUUGCUUAAGCUCCUUAUAAAUGAAAGAUAGGUGGAAGGAAAAAUUGAGAGGAAGAAAGGAAGGAAGAAAGAACGAGAGAGAAGGAAAUACUAUAAAGAAAGAAAAAUGCUCAGUGGAACAAAUCCCACUACAGCAGUAGUGUAGGUUUUCUCUUUUGUUUUUUCAGGGUCACAGAAUCCAUUCACUUGUAACUGUAAGACGGCAUGCGAGGAGACUGAAUACACAAGUCAGGUGUCUUACUCCGAAUUCCCGGAUGAUGGCGUCAGCAAGAUAUUAAAACACUUAUUCGCUUAUAACCGAAGUAUGGAAUAUCAGAGGUGAAGCCAAUUUUCCUUUGCGAACUUUUCUUUUCUUAGUUAUCCCAGAUCUUUUAGGGCUAUUUUGAACUGUUGUUCUCACAAGUCGUUUCAUUUGACUUACUUAUCGCAUAGUAAAAAUUAUGCUUGAAUCUAUGACUAAUUCUGCUUUCAGGAGAAAUUUAGUUUUUCUUCAAGUCGGCUUCCAACAUCAAGGAUUCUUUUUACAAACCGAAAAACCAAGUUACAAAAUGGACAGCUUACUAGGUUAGUAACUUAUACGAAUUAAAGUGACGGGUUUAACGCUGAUGGUACAGCGAAAUAAGAUCAUCAAAUAGUCCAGUUUCGUUUUCGCUAUGACAGCUGAAUAAAAGAGGUGAAGACACAAUUCUACAAGGUUAGCCUCCAUCUGAAGUAAAUAUAUUCACAAAUUCCAGCAAGAAGAAGACCUGUUUAUUACUCUAUCUAUUGUGUAUUUUCAAAUUUCAGACACUUCUUGCCGGAAUUCGUGCAUGUUUUCCUUUUUGUCGAGGCUAACCCUGUAUGAAUGUAUCGUUAAUGUUGUUAUUCAGGGGAAAUUUUUUAAUUCGAGAAAGGACUAUUACCGACAGGGUCAGGAUAGGAUAGGGGUUAGGGGUUAGGGGUUAGGGUUAGGGUUAGGGUCUGUUCCUAGGAGGGGACUUUCAGCAGUUGACCCUUGUCUACUUUACUUCCCUAUCAAGUAGAAAAGGCGAAGUAAACAAUACACCAUGCUAUUCAUAAAGAGUAGUGACCGUCCAACCUGGUGGCGUGAUAUUGGUUUCACUGUUUUUUUUUUGCGGAUAGGACUGACAUUAAGUCCUUGAUUCGCCAAGCUGUUGUGCAUGGUGUUCCAGCAAAGCUUAUAGAUUAUAUUAGUCCGUACGGGUGGAAGGGAUGAGAAAGGAUCACUGUUCGAUACCGACUCAUUUUAAAUCACUUUUUUUUUGCUCUGUUUCAGGUGACAUUGGUGGAAACAUGGGUCUCUUCUUGGGCUGCAGUUUAUUGACUUUGUUUGAGUUUGUAGAUUUGCUUUGGAAUUUCUUAACAUUCCGAGCAAACAGAGUUAAACAUGUUAAAGGCAAACCACAGUGUAACUCUGACUCGGGAACACUGUGAAUGUGAUGAAAUACCAUUCCUGAUAACGCAUUGACUGAAAAUAGUUGACUAAACGCUGGCGCAAAAAGUAAGAAGACGGGAAAUUAGAAGGCGAAGCAGAAAAUGGAAAACAAAAAGUGGACUUUGCCCCCUAUUUAUUUUAGCUUGGACAAUUCCUAUCAAGUAAAGGGGGUUUUUUUUUUUGGUUAAACUUUCCAUCAAGUGUUUAUCCUGUGAACAGACCUAUAAGCCAGGGUAUAACGACAUCCAUAUAACGAAACCUUUUUAAGUAAAUCUACUAAAAGUAGCUUUGAAAUAAUGAAUACAUAAAAAUCUUAAUAGAUACCAAUUAGAAUAGCCAUUCCGAGGAAACUGAUAACCGAGGUAGUAAACAUUUUGUAAAUGGCCUCGUUCUUGGCACGCCAAAAAGAAAAAACGUUUCUGUCUCAACCAGUCCAGGUUUUAGUAAAGCAUAGUUCACCAAUCAACUUGGCCUUAUUGUAGAAUCAAGUAUCGCUGCUAAGACGACUUAUAUUCCUCAGUUAUCGCAUCUAUCACCAGGAACUCCCCUUCCAUUAAUUGUUUUCCCUCUCUUGACAUUUAUUUUGUUUUGUUUUUUUUCGGCCUUUAUUGAUCUUCGACAUUUUUCCACGUACGUACGUGCGUACAAUUAGCUGCACCCUUGGUUUCUUGUCUCAUUUGAAGACGACAACGUUUGCAUUCAUUGCUGAACUGUCAAUAAAACUGGAAGUUUUAAGCAUGUCUACUUAUAACUAUUGAAUUUGGCUUACUCCUAUAGUGCAAACUUUAAUGAUUACACAUUCACUUUAAUUUUUGUGAAUCGACUUACUUUUUGCUACAAAUACCUGUAAAAAUAGCGACAUCGUUUUUGAACGACUUGAAACAAAUGCUGCUUUUUGGGACAAAGAAAUCUAUCAAAAUGAAAAUUUUUCUUGCUGUUACACCUGAAAAGACAAUUCCUGAUAGCUGAUAGCUUUAAUCCGGCCCUAAAUAAUUCAUUGUCUCUGCUGUGUGCUUUUAUUAAUUAUUCAUUGUGGAAGGAAGUACCAAAUCGUAUUAACCUUUUCCUAGUUAUGAUGGAAAAUUUAUUUUAAAGAAUUGGGGUAAGAUCGUGAUACCUUAACUUAAAGACAGUUUAAAAGUUUAAAAACAGCGACGAUAUUUGCCGGACAUCAUGCCUACAAUUUGGCGUGAAUUCGUGGGAAAUACGACUGUUCAUGGUUUUCGCCAUGUAUUUGAAAGUUCUUCCCGAUUUUGUCGCGUGAUAUGGCUUCUCUUGCUUUUAGGAGCUACCGCUUCUUACGUAUUUUUGGUGCGACGAAGUGUAGCCAAAUAUUUAUCGAACCCAGUAGCUACUAACUUCGAAAAGGUUGUACCUGAGCUUGGAGAAAUAAAAUUUCCUGCUGUUACCAUUUGCAACUUGAAUCGAUUUGUUAAAUCGAAAAUCGACAUGUUUGAAAACGAUGAAGACUUCUACCAACUCGGUUUGAAUCUUUCGGCGUGUGAAAAGAUAAAGAUGGUUAAUAAAGACAUGAGUUGUGGACAAGGAUUACUGUGCGCGUACGAGUUCUAUGGAUCGGAAAUUGUGGACAACUGCAACGACACCAUAAGGCAGCGUAUAAUCAGCGCUUUAAAUGAAACAGAGGAACCUGUUUUUAAUCUUGAAGAAUUUUUCAAAGCCUACGGACAUGAUUUUAGAGAUAUGUUUCUCCAUUAUUGUCGCUUUAAGGGCAAGGAAAACUGUACUGCAGAAGACUUUUAUCCUUCGCUCUCCAGUAACGGUCGUUGCUUCACAUUUAACUCGGGUAAAAACCAAACCGGUAUUCGUGGAACAUUGAGAGCGGGAUCUUCUGGAGGCCUUAGCGUCAUGAUGGACGUUCAAGCAAAUGACAACACAAUCAGUGAAUUUUCACGUGGGCUAAGAAUUAUGGUUCAUGAUCAAAAUACGUUUAUCAACAUAGACAAAGGAUUCAAUGUCUAUCCUGGCUCGCACACUUUGGUACGCGUGACCGCUACAAAGGUAAUAUUUAUCAAAUCGUCAAAACCCUUUGACCGUUAUUUUAAGUUUUUUUUUAGACUCAAAACGCAAAUUGCUUGACGGUUUUGUAACAGGAAAUGAUAAACAGCAUCAUUGAAAAAAGAGCUUCUCAGUCGCUGUCGUACAAAUUCCCACAGUUCCAGACUCUAUCUACGGUCGGACAAAAACCAACAACUGUCUUUCCCACCUCGUUUCCAGGGUUGUCUCCUUCCCGUCCCUACGGAGCGACGAGUAGAAGAGAGAACUUGGGAGCGAGGUUGCUGUCUUCCCUUGAUGGAGUUUUCAUGCUUAAUCGUUGGGCAGAAAGAAACAAACAACGGAAGGAAAAACGGAAAGAAGGAAGGAGGGAAGAAGAAGAAUUGUUCAAAGUAUUGAGUUCUUCGUCCCCUCUGGUGAGAAAACACCAAGUUAUUAAAAAGGUGUUUGGGGUCUUUUCUUUAGAAAAAGGGCUAUUCAAGAAGCGUACUGCGAAGCCGUAGGACCCACUGCAAUUCCCUUUUUGCUCCAGAUCACUUGAUUUUGAUAUGACAAGACAAGAAACGUUUAUUUGGAGUCUUUGCAAUACUGCUAGUUUGCGAUCAAUCUUUUAAUGUUGAUGUUUUAAUGUUUAUUCUAGUAUCAACGUCUUCCUUCACCGUACAAGUCUAACUGCACGCAACGCGUUCUUCCUAAAAUUCCACGUUACACAAGGGACGGCUGCUUCCACCAGUGCCUUGCAAACAUGACCGCAGAAAUGUGUGGAUGCCGAAUGAUCGGGAUACCACGUGAGUACUAG